UUGACUGACUCUUGCUACUUACCGCCUGCGUGAUAUUUUGGAGAAUUUUCGCGCCUCAUUCAUUCUUUAUUUCAUGAUUAUUUGUAUAACAUUCCAAAAUGGGUGCAUAUUUAUCGGAACCAGUAACUGAAAAAGUGUCAAGCGAUGAAGCAAACGCGAAACUGGAGUGUGGCGCCAGCUCCAUGCAGGGGUGGCGUGUCAAUCAAGAGGAUGCACACAAUACGAUAUUAGAUUUUGAUGUGAACACAUCAUUCUUUGCUGUGUAUGAUGGUCACGGUGGGGCAGAAGUAGCAACAUAUUGCUCACAAAACCUACCGGACUACAUAAAGAAUACAGAAGCUUACAAAAGUGGUGAACUUGUAAAAGCAUUAGAAGAUGCAUUCCUGGGAUUUGAUGCCACUAUUGCUACCAAAGAGGUUAUGGAUAUUUUAAAAGAACUUGCAGGUGAAAUAAAUCCUCCAGGUCCGAGCGACAAUGAUGAGUCCGAGGAUGAAAACGUCAGUAAUUUAUACCAAGAAGCAAGUCUGCCUUUACAGGAGGUUCUGGCCAAGUAUGAAAAUAAGCUGAGCACGCUGCACCGCGCAAAACUAGGCGACACAGCUACACCCUUGUCUCCCUGUUUGCGAGCCAAGAAGAAUACAGAUGAACCAGGUGGCUCAGGAGCCUCAAGUUCGAGUUCAGGGUUGUCGUUUGCUGCAGGAUCAAGCUCGGAACAGGCAGGCGAGGGCGCUUCGUCCAGCAAAAACGGUGCUGUUGAGAUGGACACGACCCCGGAUAAACCGGACGAAGACUCUGGUGGUGUAUCCUCAACUAAUUCAAAUGAAGAAGACAAGGAUGUGAAUGGAGAGGUUCAGUUCUCAGCUAAUAUGCACCCAAUUUAG